CGUUGUUACAUAUGUGUGCAUCACAUUUGCGUGUGUAAUCAUAAUAGACUUCUACAUUCCUGUUGCAGCUAUCAAUUUGUAAGGAAAUUUUCAAAGUUGUCUUUUUCUUGAAGUUGAAUAUUCUUGUUAAAUGAUCAAACUUAAGACUGAAAUCAUAAGCAGUCAAAGUAUUUUGGCCACAUAAUUUGUCUUGAUCAUAAAGUCAAUGAAUUUUUCUAAUAAAAUACUAGCUCCUUUGUUUUUCAGCAACAAAUAUACAAUCCUAGGAUUCCUAGCACACCAUCAGUAUCACUUAUUUUCUAUGUCCAAUGUCUAAACUUUACAGAAAACAAAAUCUCUUGAUUCUUUUGUUACUAUCAACAGUAAUUGCCUUUUCUGAACAACAAAACCAGUUUAUUUAUCACGGUUUUUCAGAAGCAUGCCUUCAUCUCGAUGGGCUAGCACGUGUCCGUCCUAACGGCCUACUGCAGCUGACCAACACCACAAAGCUGCAGAAAGCUCAUGCUUUCUAUAAAUCCCUUCUGAAAUUGGACACAAAUGUUUCUUUUUCUACCACAUUUGUGUUUGCCAUAUACCGAGAAUUAGACUUACCACAUAGCGGACAUGAGAUUGCUUUUGUCAUCUCACCGUCUAUGGAUUUCAGUCACGCUGUUCCUGCUGAGUAUAUAGGGCUUUUUAAUGCUUCCAACAAUGGCUCUCCUGCAAAUCAUAUAUUUGCAGUGGAAUUAGAUACAGUUCAGAAUCCACUUUUUGGAGAUAUUGAUGACAACCAUGUUGGAAUUGAUGUUAACAGCCUGAACUCAGUAAGUGCAGCUUCUGCAAUGUACUUUUCUGAAAAAGACAGUAUGAAUAAGAGCUUGCAGCUAACGAGUGGAAAACCGAUGCAAGUUUGGGUUGACUAUGAUGCUGUGAACAUGUUGGUAAAUGUGAAGUUGGCUCCUAUUGGGAAACCAAAACCAAAUCAUUCUCUCCUGUCAACUCACAUUGAUCUCUCUAAGGUUAUAAAAAACCCUGUUUAUAUCGGUUUUUCUUCAUCUACUGGAUUAUCGGCUAAUAGAAACUAUAUAUUAGGAUGGAGUUGGAACCAAAGUGGCCAAGCUCAAAGCUUAGACCCUUCUAAGCUUCCUUCACUUCCCCGAUUAGUAUAUCCAAGAAAGAAAUUAAGUUUUUCUGUUGUAGCUCCUGUAGUUGUACUAUUUGUCUUUUUCGUUGGUAUUUUCCUAGGUGCUUAUGUGAUCACGAGGAGAAAGAGGUAUGAAGAACUGCACGAGGUCUGGGAAUCCGAGUAUUCUGCAAAUAGAUUCUUAUAUAAGGAUCUAUACAGAGCAACAAAAGGGUUUAAAGAGACUGAGGUUCUAGGUUGGGGAGGUUUUGGAAAGGUGUAUAAAGGCGCACUACCUCAUUCCAAUAUACAAGUUGCAGUCAAAAGAAUAUCCCAUGAUUCCAAACAAGGGUUGAGAGAAUUUGUGGCUGAAAUUGCCAGCAUGAGAAGGUUAAGGCAUAGAAACUUGGUACAACUGCUAGGUUACUGUCAGAGAAAGGGUGAGCUUCUUUUGGUGUAUGAUUACAUGCCUAAUGGAAGCCUCGAUAAGUUCCUCUUCAGUGAUGAGAAACCAAACAUAUCCUGGCGUCAAAGAAUCAGAAUCAUCAAACAUGUGGCAUUUGCCUUGCUAUACCUGCAUGAAGAGUGGGAACAAGUUGUUCUUCAUCGAGAUGUCAAGGCAAGUAAUGUUCUUUUGGAUGCUAACAUGAAUGCUCGUCUAGGUGACUUUGGGCUUUCAAGAUUAUAUGACCAUGACACUGGCCCACGAACUACCCGUGUGGUUGGAACAAUCGGAUACAUUGCACCAGAGCUAAGUAUCACAGGAAAGCCAUCUACUAGUACUGAUAUAUUUUCAUUCGGUAUGUUUAUGCUUGAAGUGGUUUGUGGAAGGCGGCCAAUAUCCCUCGACUCCCUUGAAGAAGAAAACUUGGUGGAUUGGGUGUUCCAUUGCUGGGAAAAUGGUAAAAUCCUAAAGACAACUGAUCCUAAGCUGGAAGGUAGCUACAUUUCUGAAGAAAUGGAGGUCAUUUUGAGGCUAGGAUUGAUGUGUUGCCAUACUAAUCCACAAGAGAGGCCUAACAUGAGGCAAGUAAUUCAAAAUUUGGAUAACAGUAAUUGCAGAUCUUCUGAAGAAUCUUACGACACAGAGUCUCGUGUACCAACAACUCUAUUUCCACCAAUACCUAACUCUGCAUCUGUAAGAUCUGUUUGUUCUGUUUCUAGUACCGAUUCAAUCCUCAUUCACGGUCGUUGAAUCAUAGGAUGCUCAUCCGCUGUGUUUGUUACACUCUCAUACAUAGCUCACCUGCUGACCUAACAGUCCAUCAGAAAUUCUGUAAUUAAACAGCAGGCCAGCAGGGUGAUGUCCGUAUACAUAUAUAAUGUACAUAUUCAUGCCUCUUUGGUUCUGCAUUUGCUUUUACUA